CAGUUAAGACAAACAGUAAGGAGAAUGGACAAAAGAAACUGCUCUUCAUUCACAGAGUUUCUUUUAUUGGGAAUUACCAGUAAUCCUGUCAUGGAAGUAGUUCUAUUCAUCAUAUUUCUUCUCAUCUAUAUCAUUAUUCUUGUCGCCAAUCUUGGAAUGAUCAUUUUGAUCAGGAUGGACCCCCAGCUUCACACACCAAUGUACUUCUUCCUCAGCCACCUCUCUUUCUCAGACCUCUGCUAUUCCACUGCAGUUGGACCAAAGAUGCUGGUGGACCUAAUGGCGAAACAAAAAUCUAUAUCUUUUCUUGGCUGUGCCUUGCAAUUAUUCACAUUCUGUAUUUUUAUAGAUGCUGAGUGUGUGCUGCUGGCAGUGAUGGCCUUUGAUCGGUACAAGGCCAUCAGCAAUCCCCUGAUGUAUGCUGCAGACAUGUCCAGGGGAUUUUGCUACCAACUCCUUGCUGGAGUGUAUGUACUAGGAAUGACAGAUACUCUGAUGAAUACUAUAACAACCUUUGGGUUAUGUUUUUGUAGGUCAAAUGAGAUUAAUCAUUUCUUCUGUGAUUUCCCCCCUAUCAUGUCACUGUCUUGCUCAGAUACAUAUGCCAGUGAACUAGCAAUAUUUGUGUUUUCUGGGUUUGUUGAGCUGUGCACCAUUUCGGGACUCCUUGUCUCUUACUGUUACAUCAUCACCUCAGUCUUGAAGAUCUGCUCUGCUGAGGGGAGGUUCAAAGCUUUCUCCACCUGUGCCUCCCACCUGACUACAGUUGCCAUUUUUCAGGGAACUCUGCUCUUUAUGUAUUUCCGGCCAAGUUCUUCCUACUCCCUAGAUCAAGACAAGAUAACUUCACUGUUUUACACCCUGGUGAUUCCCAUGCUCAACCCUCUGAUUUACAGCCUGAGGAACAAGGAUGUGAAAGAAGCCCUCUAUAAACUGAGAAAUAAAUGGUCAUUUAAAUAA